AUGACGAUAUUUACAAAAGUAAAAAAGGCACCUGAAGUGACGAAAACAUUGCGAUCAAAAGAAUCUGCAACAGUUUGUGUUGAUUCGACCGUUUAUCAACGUGAUGAAACCGGAACAUUAGCCCGAAUACGACAGUAUAAAAAAUUUACAAGUUUAUGCAUGAUAUUUUUACUACUUUGGUUACUGGUAGCUUCAUUUAUGGCUGGUACAUUUUUCUAUCGUCAAUUUCAUCGUCGUCCAACAUAUUACGGUUGGUGCGGAACGACAUUCAUUCAACGUGGUCGAAAUGAACACAUGGAAGAAAGUGUAGAAAUUAAUCCAGAUGAACAAUGA